UAUGUAUUCACACACGAACGAACACGAGAAAAGCUAAUUUAAGUACCCCAUUUAACUAACUUACAUAAGCUAACUAGAUACACAAAAUUGGAAGAUCCGAGCAGUGGUAGUUGAGAAUAUUGGGAAUGGGUAGAUUAUCAUUGUUAUGGGCGUCCACUGAAGCCGCGGCAAUGGCAGUGGGAGUGAGUUACUGCUUGCUGCUGGCGAUGAGUGGGGCUGCUGCUGCCGCCAUACCAAAAUGCAUCGAUGGGGAGAGAGAAGUGCUCCUCAAGUUCAAGCACAGCGUUUUUGACGGGAACGGCGAGCUACGCUCUUGGGGCAACCGCAGUGAAGAUUGCUGCCGUGACUGGGUGGGGGUUAGGUGCGAUGACGCUACUGCCCAUGUCACCCACAUUCAUCUUUAUUUUAAGAACCUGUCCGCGAAAGUUGGUAUGUAUAUGACCAGCCUUCCUUUCUUUGAGCUGCGCUAUUUGAAGUAUUUGGAUCUUAGCUAUAACCCGGGCUUGCUGGCAAACCAGAGCAUCUCAUCAUUGAUUGGGAACAACACUAUGGUUUACCUUCAAUAUCUAAGUCUUAAUCGAACUGGAAUUGUUGGAACCAUUCCUCAAAAUUUUGGAAACACCAUGCCUGCCCUUACAUAUCUUGAUCUCAGUUGGAAUAGCUUAGAAGGCUACAUUCCUGACACACUCGGGAAGAUGGUUAAGUUGACUUACCUUGACCUGGCAUCGAACCAGUUGGAAGGUCGCAUUCCUGAAGCUCUAGGGAAUAUCUCUGUCCUUGAACACCUUGGUCUUCGAGCGAAUAGGCUUGAUGGAGAAAUCCCCAAAUCCAUCUGGAACAUAUGCACUCUGCAAGGCCUGAACAUGGGAUCCAACCGUCUUAAUGGAAGCCUAACCAUAUUGACAUUAUGCUCAAAUCACCCUCUCCGGACACUAAACUUAUACAGCAACCGAUUCACAGGACUAUUUCCCAAUCUCACGAUCUUCCCCUCUUUGGAUGUAUUAUCUUUGUCGGAUAACCUCCUAGAUGGAGUCAUUUCUGAACAUCACUUUCUUAACCUCUCCAAACUAACCUACCUGGACUUAUCUUCAAACAAUUUCACUUUCAAUGUCUCCUCUGCUUGGCUUCCUCCUUUCCAAUUGCAAUACAUAUACCUUAGUUCUUGCAAGUUGGGCCCAGAGUUUCCGAAUUGGCUUAGAACUCAAGCCAACUAUACGGAGCUUGACAUUUCCAAUAACGCCAUCUCCGAUUCAAUCCCCUCCUGGUUUUGGAAUACACCUAUUACCCGCUUUUUGCGAAUUAAUCUUUCUAAUAACGGAAUCAAGGGAAUAAUUGCAAUUGGCGCUCAAGCAUUAAUCCGCGGUGGUAUACUAGAUAUGCGUUUCAAUCAAUUAGAAGGUGUCAUUCCACCCUCUUUCUUCAACAUGGCUGUACUGCACCUUUCUCAGAAUAAAUUCACCGGCCUCAACUCCUUAUGUGACAUUGAGGCACAUGCCGGUGUGGAGCUUUUGGAUAUGUCAUACAAUCAACUCUCAGGAACUCUUCCGGAUUGCUGGUCAAGUCUUUCUAGCCUGAAAGUUCUCAAGUUGGGAAACAAUCACAAUCUAUCAGGAACUCUUCCAACUUCCAUCGGUUCAUUGACUUCCUUAAAGGCAUUGCAUCUUGAACAUAACAAAUUUACAGGCCCUCUACCUUCAUCCAUGAAAAACUGCUCCAGCUUGGUAUCUUUUGAUCUGGGACACAACGAUUUGUUUGGACCAAUACCAGAUUGGGUGGGUGAAAGUCUAACACAACUUGUGAUACUUGUGCUAACAUCGAACAACUUCCAUGCAAGUGUACCCACAAGUUUGUGCCAUCUCCAGUCUCUUCAGCUGUUAGACCUUUCCAUGAACCACAUCUCGGGGACUCUUCCCAACUGUCUUUCUAAUCUCACUCAAAUGAUGACUGUAUUAAAAGGAGAUGACAUUGCCUACAUUUCUUAUGAGUUAUCCUUCAAUUUCUCUGUUUCAAAUUAUAAUAUUUACGGUGCAUCCAUGGGCGAAGUUGAGAAAAUAGAAUUUGUAUGGAAAGGUAUGAUCAAUGAAUUUGGAAGUAUAUUAGGUUAUGUGCAGAGCAUUGAUCUAUCAUCCAACAUGUUAAGUGGUGACAUUCCAACUGAAAUCACAUCGCUCAUUGGGUUGGCCUCGUUGAACUUAUCACGAAACAAUCUAAAGGGGCAGAUUCCUUCGAGGAUUGGUAACUUGGCACAUUUAAAUACUCUUGAUUUGUCUAGUAACCAUUUGUCUGGUAGCAUUCCUCAAAGCCUUGCCCUGAUUUACGGGAUAGGGGAUCUCAAUGUGUCCAACAAUAACUUAUCUGGAAGAAUUCCCAAAGGCACACAACUUCAGAGCUUUAAUGCAAGUGUAUACAUGGGGAAUCCCGCGCUAUGUGGAGAUCCACUUCCCAAUAGCUGUGUAGGAGAAGAGUCAACUUAUCCUUCUCCUCCUGGAUCCAGUGAAGGAGAAGAAGAUAAGCUUUUUGGGAGUGAGUUUUACGCAAGCCUGGGGGUCGGAUAUGUUGUUGGGUUUUGGGGAGUUCUCGGGACAAUGCUAUUUAAUAGGUCCUGCAGGUUUGCAUUUUUCAAUAUCCUCGGCGAUAUUGCAAAUUGGACAUAUGUCAUGGCUGCAACGCACAAGGAAAAGUUCCUGAGAUCACUUGCUGGUUUACAGGGUGAUGAGGAGGAGUUUGGUGCUUCAGGGAAUCAGGGUAAAAAUAAAUCACUCAAAUGCAGCAGAUUUGAUUGAUGAGGAGGAUAUCAUAUUUAUAGGCAAUAAAGUUUUGUUUUUGUUUACAUUUUAUUAACUAGGUGUAUUAAGUCAUCAUCUCCGACGUUCAAAAAAAAAAAAAAGUCAUCAUCUCCAUGAGGAGGAGUUUGGUGCUUCAGGGAAUCAGGAUAAAAAUAAAUCACUAAGAUGCAGCAGAUUUGAUUGAUGAGGAGGAUAUCAUAUUUAUAGGCAAUAAAGUUUUGUUUUUGUUUACAUUUUAUUAACUAGGUGUAUUAAGUCAUCAUCUCCAUGAGACUUUUUCUGCUUAAUAUUUUUGUGAUCGUUUUAGAUAAAAAUAAUAGAAUUAGUAUAUACUCCUUGAAUAUUCUUAUUACUUUACCUUGUACUAAUUUGUAAAGCUUUUAAGCAUAGAUAGAAGAAUAAUCAUUUAAAUGAUUCUGCUAGGGCCUACUACUACAAGUGCUGCAAUUUUCAUCCCUUCGAGUCUUUGACACAAUCACGUACAGUAAAAGCUUCCUUCCUAACCUAAUAAGCUUCCCAUUGUACUCAGCAGAAGACAGGUUUAGGGCUUUAAAUAUUUGCAGGGUGAUGUGAAAGAGUUUGGAAUUUCAGGGGAAAAAUAAAUCACUCAGAGGAUGAGAGGAGUAUUAAGAUGCAGCACAUUUGAUUGAUGAGGAGGAUCUCGUUUAUAUAGGCAAUAAAGUUUUGUUUUUUGUUUCCAUCAUCUCCAUGACACGUUUUUCUGUUUAGUCUAUUUGUGAUCUGUUAGACUAAAAGUAUUAGAAUUAAUAUACUCCUUGAAUACUCAAAGUACUUUGUACUAAUUUGUAAAGCUUUUAAGCUUAGAUAGAAGAAUAAUCAUUUUAAUGAUUCUGCAAUCAUUAAAAUGAUUGCAAUCUUCAUCCAUUUGACAAAAUCACUUACAGUAAAAGCUUCCUUCCUAACAUCAAUAAGCUUAUUAUCAUUUAUCAAUACUCAGCAGAAGACAG